AUGCCAGGGAUUGUCGUGUUCCGCCGGCGCUGGUCUGUGGGCAGCGAUGACCUGGUUCUGCCAGCCGUCUUCCUCUUCCUCCUUCACACCACCUGGUUUGUGAUCCUCUCGGUGGUGCUCUUUGGGCUGGUGUACAAUCCCAACGAGACGUGCUCCCUAAACUUGGUGGACCACGGCCGGGGCUACCUGGGAAUCCUGCUGAGCUGCAUGAUCGCCGAGCUGGCCAUCAUCUGGCUCAGCAUGCGCGGGAGCAUCCUGUACACGGAGCCACGGGAUUCCAUGCAGUACGUCCUCUACGUCCGACUGGCAAUCCUGGUGAUCGAGUUCGUGUACGCCAUCGUGGGCAUCGUGUGGCUGACGCAGUACUACACCUCCUGCAACGACAUCACAGCCAAGAGUGUCACCCUGGGAAUGGUGGUGUGCAACUGGGUGGUGAUCCUGAGUGUGUGCAUCACUGUGCUGUGUGUCUUUGAUCCCACGGGACGCACCUUCGUCAAGCUCCGCGCCACCAAGCGCCGGCAGCGCAACCUAAGGACCUACAACCUCAGACACCGCCUGGAAGAGGGACAAGCCAGCAGCUGGACACGCAGGCUCAAAGUGUUCCUUUGCUGCACACGGACAAAGGACUCACAGUCGGAUGCCUACUCCGAGAUAGCUUACCUUUUUGCUGAAUUUUUCCGAGACCUGGACAUCGUCCCCUCCGACAUCAUCGCGGGGCUGGUUCUCCUGCGGCAGCGGCAACGGGCCAAGCGCAGCGCCGUGCUGGAUGAGGCAAACAAUGACAUUUUAGCUUUCCUGUCUGGAAUGCCAGUGACUAGGAACACCAAAUACCUGGAUCUGAAGAAUGCGCAAGAGAUGCAGCGGUACCGGGAGGUGUGUUACUACAUGCUCUUUGCCUUGGCUGCCUAUGGAUGGCCCAUUUACCUCAUGAGGAAGCCCACAUGUGGACUCUGCCGCCUGGCCAGAUCCUGCUCGUGUUGCUGCCUGUGCCCGUCACGUCCGCGCUACGCUCCCGGCGUCACUAUCGAGGAGGACAACUGCUGUGGCUGCAAUGCCAUCGCCAUCCGGCGCCACUUCCUGGAUGAGAACAUGACCUCCGUGGACAUCGUCUACACUUCGUGCCACGAUGCUGUUUAUGAAACCCCUUUUUACGUGGCCGUGGACCAUGACAAGAAGAAGGUGGUCAUCAGCAUCCGUGGAACUCUGUCUCCGAAAGAUGCCCUGACGGAUCUGACGGGGGACGCGGAGCGCCUGCCGGUUGAGGGGCACCAUGGAACGUGGCUGGGACACAAGGGAAUGGUGCUGUCUGCUGAGUACAUCAAGAAGAAGUUGGAGCAGGAGAUGGUGCUGUCCCAAGCUUUUGGACGAGAUUUGGGGAGAGGAACAAAACACUACGGCCUGAUUGUGGUUGGGCAUUCCCUUGGAGCUGGCACAGCUGCCAUCCUGUCCUUCCUUCUGCGUCCCCAGUAUCCAUCCCUGAAGUGCUUUGCCUAUUCCCCCCCAGGUGGGCUGCUCAGUGAGGAUGCCAUGGAGUAUUCCAAGGAGUUUGUGACUGCAGUGGUGCUUGGCAAAGAUCUGGUGCCCAGGAUCGGGCUUUCUCAGCUGGAGGGAUUUCGCCGACAGCUUCUGGAUGUUCUCCAAAGAAGCACCAAACCAAAGUGGCGGAUCAUUGUGGGGGCUACCAAGUGCAUUCCCAAAUCUGAGCUUCCCGAGGAGCCGGAGGAGAACUCGGUGACGAGCAACAGGCUCUGGACACAUCCCAGUGACCUGACCAUCGCCCUGAGUGCCAGCACCCCCCUGUACCCCCCUGGCCGCAUCAUCCACGUGGUGCACAACCACCCUGCCGAGCAGUGCUGCUGCUGUGAGCAGGAGGAUCCCACCUACUUUGCCAUCUGGGGGGACAACAAGGCCUUCAACGAGGUGAUCAUUUCCCCGGCCAUGCUGCAUGAACACCUCCCCUAUGUGGUCAUGGAAGGGCUCAACAAGGUCUUGGAGAACUACAACAAGGGGAAAACAGCUCUGCUUUCUGCAGCCAAAGUGAUGGUGAGUCCUACAGAAGUGGAUCUCACCCCGGAGCUGAUAUUCCAGAGCCAGCCCUUGCCCAGCUGCCCCACCGUGCAGAUUGGAACUGGAGCCAUCCCAGCAGACAGGAGGAACAGCAGCACCAAGAGCAAAUCCCAUUCGGAAAUCAGCCUGGAGGGAUUCUACGAGACGAAGCCGCUUUCUCCCGUGCAGAAGGACCCCGUGGAGCUGCUUCUCCUGGACACUAAGGAACGUCUCUCCGUGGAGCUCCAGGACCGCCGUGCCCCUCUGGCCACCAUGGAGAGCCUCUCGGACAACGAAUCCAUCUACAGCUUCGAUUCCCGGCGCUCCUCCGGUUUCCGGAGCAUCCGGGGCUCCCCCAGCCUCCAUGCGGUCAUGGAGAAGGAUGAGACGCACUGCUUUUAUAUAGACCCCGCUAUCCCUGAGGAAAACCCUUCCCUCAGCUCCCGGACAGAGCUGCUGGCUGCUGACAGCCUCUCCAAGCAUUCCCAGGAGACACAGCCCCCAGAAAACGUCCUCAACAGCGGCGGCACCACCCCGCAGCGCCGCUGCAGCGCCGAGGGCACCGGGAGCGACGGGGAGCGUGCAUCCUUGUCCCCUCGGGAAGAGCCGGCGCUCCAAAACGGCCGCCUGGCCGAUGUUCCCAGUCCCCAGGUGCUGGAAUUCGCCGAGUUCAUCGACAGCCUCUUCAACCUGGACAGCAAAAGCAGCUCCUUCCAGGACAUUUACUGCAUGAUGGUGUCGGAUAGCUCCAGCGACUUCGCGGAGAUUCCCAAAUCCGUCAGCGACCAGGAGAUCCUGCUGAGGGCGCAGUACGAGCCGAACUUAGUCCCAAAGCCCCCGAGGUUGUUUGCGGGCUCGACGGAUCCUUCAUCAGGAAUCUCCGUGUCGCCCUCUUUCCCCCUUAGUUCAUCCGGAGAACUCAUGGAUAUCACUCCCACGGGUGUGAGCAGCCAGGAGUGCCUGGCCACGGACAAAAUCCGGACUUCCACCCCCUCCGGACACGUAACCAGCCCUGCCAAGCAGGACGACCUCAUGAUUUCAGCCCUUUAG